UCUACAUCUAUGAUCUGGGUGAGUCUUUCACUCUUUCCCCACAAUCCCACCCUGCUGACUCCAAAAACAGUUUGAGUGUUUCCUCAAAAAAAACAAAACCGAUCAAUCAAAAUGGAGUUGAAGUUUCUUGGAAUGGACUUUAGUUGCGCGCUGGGAUCUCUCAGCAAAGGUGAAUUCCCAGAGAAGGACUGUUUGCUUCCGUUAAUAUCGAAGCUCUUGGGCUACGCCAUCGUGGCAGCCUCCACCACCGUCAAGCUUCCGCAGAUAUUAAAGAUUUUGCGACACAGAAGUGUCAGUGGGCUCAGUGUGGUAGCCUUUGAACUUGAAGUAGUUGGUUAUACCAUUGCUUUGGCAUAUUGUCUUCACAAAGGGCUACCGUUUUCAGCUUAUGGCGAGUAUGCAUUUCUCUUGGUCCAAGCAAUAAUCUUAGUUGCAACCAUCUACUAUUUUUCUCAACCUUUGGGCACAAAGACAUGGAUGAUAGCAUUACUAUACUGUGGUAUUGCGCCAACUAUUUUAGCAGGCAAAGUUGAUCCCAUCCUUUUCGAGGCUCUAUAUGCUUCCCAGCAUGCAAUUUUUCUUUUUGCAAGAAUUCCACAGAUAUGGGCAAACUUUAAGAACAAGAGUACCGGACAGUUGAGCUUCUUAACAUUUUUUAUGAACUUUGGAGGUUCAAUGGUUAGAGUAUUUACAAGCAUCCAAGAAAAGGCUCCAACAAGCGUUGCCAUGGGUUCUGUGCUCGGUGUACUGAUGAACGGAACCAUCUUGAGCCAAAUUCUCCUGUAUCAGAAGCCAACCCCAAAGAAGGAGAAGAAAACCGAUUAGGGCACUGUCGUUGGGACAGGUGUCACUUGACUUCACAGCCGGCAGUCAAUUACAAAGCGUCGCAACACCACCACAUGAUGACUUCUGUUGGGGAGUUUCUGUGUUAAAGAUUGCAAGAAUUUUUUUUGUGGUUUUGCCAACCAUAGAACUCAUGUUUUUAGAAGAAGUGAUCUGACAUGUACUUCACAGUUGAAAGAUGUAAACACAACAGCUCAAGAAAGAGAUGAUGUUCCAUAGACACAUGAUUUCACACUGUUUAUUAUACAUUUCUAAACACUCUAUUUCAACCAUGUAAACAUUUAUUUUUUCGUAGUAUCUCAUCAUUGUGAGACUAAAAUGGAUUCAAUUCAAGUUGCGUUUGCAGA